AUGAACAAGCUGAUCCCCGGACGAGAAACACACAAUCCAGAGACGCCAGGAAGUGUGAAAAGCAUCCGCAAACAGGACAUGGUGAACGAACUGAAGGAAUGGAGCUCCACAACAGACAGUGAGAACCAGAUGGUCUUAUUAAGCCUUGCUUUGGAAGACGCAGGAUGUUGUCCAAUCGAUAGGACAUUCUUUACACGUACUUUGUCAUUCUACGAGAUCUGGUGCAUGCUGCACAACACGGAGAGUACAUGUUUGGAUAUAGCGGGGAUUCGUCGUACGUUCCAGGAACUAGGCAUCGAUGUCGAAGGAGACCUCAGCAAACAGCGGGCAUACACAUUGUUCUGCAGCUGGAAGGACAAUACUACCAGGGAACAUCAAACUAUGAUACUUAGGGAUUCAUUAGAGAAAGCAAAGUUUGAGAGAGUUUGGGAUAUGAGUGAACAAAGAGCAAACACGUCUUCAAAGGUAUCUGAGUACCUAUGUGAAAUGAUCAUGCGGAGCAUUGAUGAUCAUCAACUCAAGAAUAGGUUCCUCAACAGGCUGAUCCCCGGACGAGAAACACACAAUCCAGAGACGCCAGGAAGUGUGAAAAGCAUCCGCAAACAGGACAUGGUGAACGAACUGAAGGAAUGGAGCUCCACAACAGACAAUGAGAACCAGGUGGUCUUAUUAAGCAUUGCGUUGGAGGAAGCAGAAUGCCGUCCAGUCGAUAGAACUUUCUUUACAGGGAUGAGAGUAUCCUUUUUUGAGCUCUGGUCAGUGGCUUACGACGGUUCACAGGACAACAUAAUAAAGCUGCAAAGGUUACUUAACACCAUGGGUAUCAACGAUGUGAACCCUACCGAAUAUGGGAUUUAUAAAGGCCUUUGUGAAUGGAGGAACAAGGAACAUGACGACCAGAUGAACCUUCUGAGAGAUGAAUUAUGCGCAGCCAAUUUGACAGACGUAUGGGAGCACAUUUAUGCAUGA